UCUUGCCUUCUUCUCCACAACUUCAACUCACCUGAACAGGAUGGGCUCAAUUCAGAGGCAGGAUUCCUUUGACAGUGACCGCUUGUACCUCUCGGACGAUGACCUCAGGGAAGCGCCCACACUCACUAGCAAACAGAUGGAGGAAGCUAGGGCGGAGGCUAGGCGCAUCAUGGAAACCCACACCCCUGAAGAGGCGUUCAAGAUUUUCACAAACGGUCUAGAAUACCCAGUUGCCAAUCCGCCGGGACGGGCCGUGGCCGUGAAGGACAAGGCUGGGGCGCCCUCGAACCCCGGCGGCGCGAAGAAGCCGCAGCCUCCGCCGAAGAACUGA